AUGGCGUCUGUGUCGAACUUGACCACUGCCCCGGUUGCCACCGGGAAGAGUGUACUGAAGACUAUGGUGGCCAUCUUCAAGGAGGAGGCUGACAUUCCACGUGUCCUGGGCGAGUCGGAGGCGUUUAUUGCGUACACACUCAAGAACCGUCGUGCGAUUCGGCUCAUCUGCCGCGCCAACAACGAGCGCGGUGCCUUUCGGCUACACGAGAGCCCGGUGCACGACCUGCGCUUCGUGAACUUUCACAGCAAUGUGGCUGCCUCCGCGUCUUCCAGUGACUUCUACGUGUGGGUAGCGGUUUUCGAGCGAGGAGGCGCUGGUCACGGAGCUGGUGACAAGGCCGCCGCCACGGAGGGGCGUCUGACGGUGAAGCCGUACUUCAAGCUCAUCGACAAGGUUGUCAUCAACACGUUCCACUUCUUCAUCAACCCCGCGAACAACAUGCCUGACCUCCUCGUGCUGUAUGGCAAGACGGCCGCGGUGCUGGAGAGCUCGAAGCUCAUCUCAGAGUACUCGACGAGCAUGCUGGAGGCAAAGCUGAGCGCAGCGAGCCGCGAGUUGCGUCAGCUGCCGCAGGAGACUUCGCUCAGGAGUAUGUGCACCACCUUCAGUGGCAGCUGGCUCGCCUUCACGUCGGAGGCGACGAAGGUCAUGGCGUGCACGCUGCGCAACACGACGACGCCAGCAUGGAGCGGGUGCGAAGGGGAUGAGAUUGUGCAGCUCAGCUUCGUCGGCAGCAACGCAGCGGCGGUGGGUGAUAACGCCGCAGCGCCGGUGGCGGACUCCAGCAGCGCCCUGCUUGCACUCAGCUCCAAGACAAAGGUGUGCGUGUGGAAGCUUACCGGCGUCGCAGAGCCGGCGCUGCUGCGCACCUUUACCUUCGGCGGUAUUGUGACGAUGCUCACGUCUCGCAACGCCAUGGCCAUCUUCAACGACGAUGGCAAGCUGGCGCGUGUGCAGGUGCGCGGCGACGACGACUUCGACACCACAGUGUACGACAUGGGCGGCGCGGUGCGGCCGACGAGCGUGUGCUACCACGAGUCGACCCGCUUCGCCACGGUGCUGGUCGACGCCGUCAAGGAGCUGGACCUUUACCAGCUCGCCACGAACACCACCGCGCCAAGCGCGUCGUCCCCGACCUCCGCACCGGCGAAGGAGGCGACGGCAGCUGUGGCUGCUCCCGCGCCGCGCAGCAACUCCACGCCCUUCGUCGACCCCUCCAUCAUCAGCACCGGGAUCCCGUUUCGCCCGGCCCCGAGCAGCUACGCGGCGGCGCCUGUUCCGGCGUCGGCGUCGUCUUCAACCCCUGCCGGCUCUGCGUCCCCGUCAGCCAAAGGAACGGCGUCGGCAGCGACGAACGCGAACCCGAUAACUGCCACGUCCGCUUACAACAGCGCCCGCAGCGCUCUCCAAAACGCCACCCUGCCACAGUCCCUUGACGGGCUUGUGGCGAGCGCCGUGUAUCAGGGCGACGAGGCCUUGCGCCGCGCCAUCGAUGGCCUGCUGAAUGUGGUGAAGAACGUCACGCAGAUCCUAUUGCUCACCCCCGACCAGCUCACGCGCGAUCACCAGCAGCUCAUCUCACUGGCCCUCGAGGCGCAGAUGACGGAGCUGCAGCAGACCGUGAGCGCGUCUGCGGCAGCCGCCGCCCCUGCCGCGCCUGCCGCCGCAGCGACGAACAGUCGCCACUCCGAAGCCUUCAACAGCUACGCGCUGGCGAAGCUGCUGGCGCCGGUUGCGAGCGAGAUUGCCACUGGGGUGACGCGCGGCGUGCGUGAUACUCUUCGCACCGAGCUGGAUGCCGCGGUGAACGCCGCCUUCAACUCGAGCAUUCGUGUCAACCAGAAGGAGGUGCUGCGUCGACGCCUCGAUGAGGCGUUGCAGGAGACACCGCGGACGCUCGGCGAGAACGCCGCCAAGUGGAUCGACGCGUACGUUGAACGGGAGCUGAGCGAGUCGCUGGCGCGUAUGAACGCAAGCAUGAGCGCCUUGGAGGAGGAGAACCGCAAGCUGCAGACAGCCUUGACGCAGAUCGUGAACUCCGGUGCUCUGCAGGAGGUGGAAGCCAUGCGGGCAGAGCUUGCGAAGCUCCGUGCCGCGAUCCGUAGCGGUGAGGCUAUCGGUAACAACGGUACUGCGGCUGGCGCAGCAGCGACGCCGUCCCCACAGACGGUGAUCGAGACGGCGGAGAAGUACAUCAAGGAUGGCCGCAUUUCGCAGGGCCUUUCCUAUAUCGUGAUGGCGCAGAAUGCUCGCUGCUGCGUGCAGCUGCUGGACCGCCUCUCGGAGGAUGAUGUGGCGAGAGUGGUGUCUGACGCGGAGACGACGGAAGCGACGUGGGUGAAGCUGAUCACGCAGAUGUGCGAGCAGGAGGCGACGGAGACGGCAGACGAGCUCGAGAAGGUCGCGUCGUUCCUCUUCGACGUGUUAUCGGAGCACGACGACGUGAUCGCCAAGAAGACGGCAAAGGCGCAGCAAGUCCGCAGCGACGUGCGCCAUCUGAUUGCGCGUGCGCGCGGCAAGAUUGAGAGCAGCGACGCUCGCCGCGUGCUGAAGGACCUCGAGAAGAGCAUUCAAUAA